GAAAAUUUAAGCAAUCGUCUAAAUUGACCAGUAUUAAGUUUACAAUCGGAGACACUAUAUAAUGAGGCAUUUUGUGGGACUUUAUUCAGAACAUCGAAAUGGACAGCAGGUUCGGAGUUGCAGUAUUUCUCGUUAUCUGCUGCGCGUGGCAAGCGCACGCCGCGGUCAACUGCACAUCACCUGGCCGGUUCGCGGACCCCGCCGACACCACCUGCCAGAACUACACCUAUUGCGUCUACGACACCUCCACCAGCACCUACCUCUCCUAUAAUUACGUCUGUCCAUCCACCUCCGUCUUCAACCCCAACACCGCGCAGUGCACCGCCUCCACCAACUAUGUCUGCAGCGUCACCAACACGACCACGUCUGUCUGCACAGCAGACGGCUACAUAGCUGACCCCUCCUCCACAGACUGCUCCACCUACAUAGAGUGCGUCGAGAUCAACGGUACCUUCGUUGAAACUACUUACACCUGCCCAAACACCACGUAUUACAACCCGAACACCACUUUGUGUGAAUCUGACUACAACUGCACCACUACCUCCACCUUUACCUGCACUGCUGCCGGCAGGUUCGCUAACACUACGGACACUACUUGCCAAACUUACAUUUACUGCGUAUUAGUGUCUAAUGGUACUUAUCUCGAAUAUGAUUAUACUUGCCCUACCACGUCUGUAUUUAAUCCAAAUACUGCACAAUGUACUACAAGUUAUACUUGUACGACUGCGUAACCAAUUUUACUUUUUUUUAAUUUUUUUUAAUUAGGUUAGAUCUAGUUUUUAAAUUUAUGCAUGUAUUUAUUUUACUCCUAAAUCACAUUAUUGCUUGACUCGUAUGUUAUUUUGAUUAGUGGCCUAUGCUGAGUUUUAAGUUAAGAACAAUUAUGAUUAGGUACCUAUUUAAUUUCUGCACAUUAUCAUGAGCUAAUAUAUUUAUUAAUGUUAUUAUUGAUUAAUUACACUAUACCCAUGAUAA